UUCAAAAGACAUCCGCACGAGUGUUAUCACAUGAAAAUUCAACAUGGCUGUCAAAGAGUUGAUUUUUCGAUCGAAAACCAAUAUUUUGCACUUUUUAUGCAUUUAUUGUCUCAUCAGCCAAGUUACAUGUCAAGAACUGAUUGUAACCCAUGCACCAAAAUAUGUUACAUUCCAACAGCAAGCAGACAACCUACAGACAAGUGAUGUUUCUAAAGUGAUAACACAUACACUUGGUGUUCCAACAGAGGAUGUAAAAUGGUCAGGAGUUACCCAGGGAUCAUUGUUUAACAGACCAAAAGCAAAUGUCCUAAUGACAGUUGUAACAUCAGAAGGAAAGAAACCACUGAGUGUGAAAAAUAUUGCAAAAUAUCCAGUUAAAAGCGACAUUCCCUCAGUAGAUGUGGGUCAGAUGAUGAAUGUUAUACAGGAUACAUUCUUUGAUACCAAUCCUUUGAUGAUUGAUACAGGUGUGGACAAUAAUUUCUUUGAUGUGCAUACAGAUUUUGAUGUUUUCCGUAAGUUACCAGAUACAAUGAGAAGAAUGGCUGACAGACUAUUAGACUCUGAUUCUGUGCUGAAUCAGCAUACAGUAGGAACUUUGAAUAGCAGUCAUCCAACAGACCUGAAAUUAAUGGGAGAACUUCAGAUGGUUCAAGAUGUUGUUAAUACGAUAUCAGACAAACCAGAGAUGAUGUCCACAAAGUCUCCAGAUCUAUUCUCAUUUACUGUGACAGGGUUACGUGACAUCAUGGACAAACAUGGUAGCCAAUCAACACAAGCAGCUGAUGCUAGUGACCUUGUGAAUAAUUUCAUAAAUAAGAUGACUGAAGAUUUUAAAAAGUUAUAUAAAGAUAACGUAAUGAUAGAAGUUUUGACUAUUGUACCAGAGAAAGCAGGAUAUGUCCGCAAAGUUAGGAGUUUAAAAGCUGACCCCACACCAACACCAGGACCUGAUAAUUCUAUGAAAGAACUAAAUUUAUCCAAAGACUAUGAUGAAGAUUAUCCAGCCAUUUUCAACAUUAUAUUGUGGUUUAUGAUUAUCCUUGCUAUUGUUUUAUUUGGUGUUAGCUAUGGUAUGUGGCACAUGGACCCAGGAAGGGAUAGUAUUAUAUAUAGAAUGACAACAACAAGACUAAAGAAAGAUUAAUUACAAAUAGAAUGAAAAAUAUUUAAUUACAACUUGACUGAAAAAAAAAUUAAUUACAACCAGACUUUAGCAUGUUUAGAACUAUUCACUUGACUGAAGAUUUCGUUUCAUAGCACUUAAUGUACUAAUUGUUUUAUGACAGUAAAUGCUAGUCACACAAAUUGAUGUGUUUACUUAUAUAUGUAAUUAGGCAAGUGUAAGUGUCAUUCAUUUGUGGUAAACUUAUCAAUUUGUUGUCAGUUAUAUCUGGAAUUGAGUGUGACAGAUGAUAGACAGUGUUUAUGAGUAUGUGUAUAGAUAUUAGAGUCCCAAGUUUAUUAUAUAGACUUAAUAAUUAGAUUGCACAUAUGUACCUGAAAUUAAGUGUAAUAGAUGUAAAGUUACUUACAGAUGUCAAGUUUGUAGAAGACAUUGGUUUGCUAGCACAGGUGUACAUGAUAUUGAGUUUGAGAGAUUGUGAGUUCUUAGUAUGCUAAAUGUAUAAUGAUGGUAAAAAAUGAGUAUAAAAGUAUAAAAAAAAGAAAAGGGUGACAUAAGAUAGCUCUAAUGAUUUCUUUUUAUACAACAUUUAUUGUGUUGAUGGUAUAUUUAUUGGUGAAACACAGUGUAUAUUUAUAUACAGUAAAACAUGUAUUUUGCAUUUAACAUAAAUGACAUUGCUAUUUAACCAGAAUUGAUUUAUUCCGUGAAGUUUUCUUGUUAAUUUACUAUGCGAUAUAUUGGGAAGUAGAGUGAACAUAUAUAGACAUUUAGUACUGAGAUAAUAACAUUCCUUAGUAGUUGGGUGUGUGUGUGUGUGUGUUUGUGUGAGUUGAUGAUUUAUGUAAAGGUAAGGAAGGAUGUAAAUGGUGUUUUUUAUUAAUAUAUAUAUAUUAGAUAAACUAUUAAAGUGUAUUAUUUUUUAAUUAUGAAUAAUUUAUGCAUGGAGAUGUAUCAAUGAUUUAAUUGUUUUUUUUGUGCUAUGUUGUACAGAUAAAUAUGUUCUCAAAACCUUUGCACUUACUCUCCUUAUAUGUAUUGAUCCUUGCAUCAUUUUUUUGGAUGACUGGAUUUAAUGCUGUGCUAUCAUUUAUCUUUAUAAUAACUGAUGUAUUUACCAUUACUUUUUAUAAGCUUCUGAAUGUUUUUCUCACUCUGCAGAUAGCUAACAAUUGGUUAGUUGCACUGAUACACCAAGAUAUUUCUGUCUCCAUAAACCUCCUGCAUGAUCGUUUCGAAUCCAUUACAAUAAAGGACAGAAUCAGAUAAUAACAAUACUUGACAGUUUUACUUGCCUAAGAUUUACCAAUACUUGACAGUUUUACUUGCCUAAGAUUUAACACUACUUGACAGUUUUACUUGCCUAAGAUUUAACAAUACUUGACAGUUUUACUUGCCUAAGUUGCCUAAUUGCAUUUCACUUUUGUGGUUUUUUCAUUCUAAAUACAUUUUGUUGAUGUCCAUCUUUUAAUCUGAACCCUACUUUUAAAUUUAUUUUAAAGGUCACAGAGGGCUGCCUCUUUCAGCAAGUCAGUAUAAAAUAGUUAUCAAUAUAAAUAAAUUUUAUUUUACUAUUAAUUAUUUGGGUGUUUUUCUGACCUUUUGACGUAUACCACAUAUCUCAUGAAAAUGUAAAAAGAUACAUUACUUAAGCUUGUAGCAUGUUUAAUAUUAAUAUGUUAUUUUCUUUCAAUUCUUGUUAGUCAUGCAAACAUAGAACCAUCUGUUCAAAUAAUUUAUGUAACAAUUAGCUUUGUCAGGAACCUCUAUCUUCCAGACUAAAUAUGAAUUACACAAAAAGGAUACAUGUACCAGAAAUUAUUUAAAAUAUUGAACAGUGCAACAGACAACAUCACCCACCAAUACCAGAUUCCUCUAAUUAAAAAGACAUGAUAACAUUCCUUGUUAUAAAGUAUUCCUUCACUAUUGGAUGACAUUUAUGGUUUUGGUUAACUGACCAUGAUUUAUUGAAGUGAAUUUAUAUUAUAACUUAUUUCAGAAUAGGUUCAGUUUUAGAUAAAAUGAUAAUGUUCCGUAAUAUUUACCGACAUCAAUCUAUCAUUUAACUGUUACAGAAUGAAAGUUGAUUUGUCAAUGGAGAUCCAAAAAGAGUAAUUUCCAAUUAUAGCUCUAAAAUAAAUGAUUGAUGGUUUCAUGCUGAUAUUAAAUUAUAAUACUGUUGUCUCUGUAAACAAUCAUGAUUCCAAAGCUUGUGAUCUUUAUGAUAUUUGUAAUUAUAUAUGAACUAUGUUGUUGGUAAUAAACAAGAUCAAACUAA